AUGUUUCUCUCUGCAAUAACUCCCCAACACCCACUCUCCCCGCCAAACUCCUCCACCAACCAAACCCUUCCACGUGCCGUCCACCUCUCCGCCAACCCUUCCCCCAAACCACCUAGCGCUCUUCCCUCCCUCAAAUCCCUCAACUCCAACUCCCCCAACACCUCCACCUCCCUCCGCCACGUCUCCACCCACACCCUCCCCGGUGACAAUGAGUCCCAACAACCAGAACCAACGAUGGUCUCCUCCGCCUCCGCCGUAUUCGCCGCCAUCCGCAAAGCCUCCACAUCCCCCGUCGACUUCACUCAAAGAAUCGAGAAACACGAUCACCGCAACCACAAAUUAGUCAUGCCAAGUCCCGAUUUCCAACGCCUCUGCCUCGAACAAUUCGACCUCUUUCGCCGAAUCGUUGACCCCGACGCCAUUCUCUCGGUGUACGUCAGGCCAGCCGGUAGUUAUGUCAUGGACCGGCUCGAGUUACGUCGGGUGACGUCAUAUCCAGGAGUUAAAGCCGCUGACAUUGUGAUUUUAGUCGGAAAUUUCACUGUCCCCACCGGACUGCGUGCCGUGGAAGCCACACUUUCCAGUCAGCCAGUGGAAGUUGUGGGGGAGCAUAGAGCGAUGGUUUUUCCGAUGGUGAAGCAGCCGUUCGUGGUGGGGUUCUUUGUGGUGGAGCUCCCGGAGUUGGAGAAGGUGCUGCGUGGAAGUUCUGCUAGUGAAGGUGGGGACUUGGUUUGUUGCCCGACUCUGGAGGAGGCUUAUGCGUUGUCUUCUCCUUCUCCAGGAUGGGAUGUGAAAAAUUCGUGGGAAAUUCAGUCUCUUGAGAAUGAAGCGCUGAGGAAAAAUUACAUCUUUACUUCUAACCAGAGAUCGAAUGCGAUCAAUAUAUCUCGCACUUUAGCUAUGGCUUAUGUUAUGGAUCAGAAAGCAAUGUUACUGCAGCAAUCAUCUUGGCAAAAUAAUGUCAGAAUGGGUGCUCUUGUUGAGCAGAUUCGUGGUCCUCUUUCUAGCAUACGGACUUUAAGUAAAAUGCUAUCCACUCAUGUUAAAAGAAGUGAGAUUUCUCAUGACAUUGUUGAAGACAUAGUGGUGCAAGGUGAUUAUAUGAGGGACACCCUUCAAGAACUCCAAGACGCUGUUUACUUGACAAAGGCUAAUAUAGUGCGCUACAAUGAAGAAACUUUGGAAAAGAUGCAUAAAUCAACUUAUUCCCGUCUUGAGUCACUGAGAUCUCAAUUAUCAGAUGAUAUCUCCAGGGAUAGCUCCACCAAUAGGCUGGAAAAUUCUGGUGUACUACUAUCUCGAAGUACAACAGACAAGGAUUUAGAGAUGCCAAUGCCACCAUUGGCUCUUGCCCCUCUACGAGAACAUGGGAUCAGACCGUGCAAUGUUUCUGAUGUACUGACUGAUUUAGUUGAUGCUGUGAGACCUCUUGCUCAUAAGCAGCAACGCAUGGUGGAAUUAAGUGAACUUUCACAAUCUUUGGAAGCGGCUAUAGAAGAACCUUCUUUGCGCCAGGCUCUGAGCAAUUUGAUAGAGGGUGCAUUAUUACGUACCCAGGUUGGGGGUAAGGUUAAAAUUAUUUCUACUAGUGCACCAGCUGGUGGCGCAUUACUGGUAAUUGAUGAUGACGGACCAGAUAUGCACUAUAUGACACAGAUGCAUUCUCUCACAACAUUUGGAGCCGAACUCUUCGCAGAAAACAUGAUUGAAGACAACAUGACUUGGAACUUUGUUGCCGGGCUGACUGUAGCACGUGAAAUACUUGAGAGCUAUGGCUGUAUUGUCCGUGUCAUAUCACCUCGGUGCACUGAUGCUGCUCUGGGAGCAGGUGGAACGCGUAUAGAACUCUGGCUUCCUUCCUUUGCUGCAUUAUCUGAUGCAAACAGCCUUACACGAGAGGCAUAACAUGGAUGUGGGAUGCUAUGUUCUUGAUUUCCUCAGUGAACUCCUUUAUGGUAUUUCAAAAUGAAGAAUAGGCAUAUUUUGGAAGCCCCUGCUCCCAUCAACACACUCAUUAUCUCAACUUUGAGGGGAAGUUGUAUAGUUGUAUUCUAAUACAGUAUAUACCUGGAAGAAAGAAAAGAGGAAAAUGUAAAUAUUAAGCAUUGAGGCCUCCUUUGGAAGUCCCAUAGAGAAAUGAAAUAAACUUCAUCAAUUGUAUUGCAGAUGUUAUUUAAACAACAAAAACGCAGCAUUUCAACUA